AUGGAUUUGCUGCGAACAUGGUUAAUGAUGGUAGUCUUGAUAUUCUUCAAUGGGAUAGGAGGUUCGAGUGAUGGUGGACCUCUGGUUCUUGAUUACUACAAAGAAACAUGUCCACUCCUUGAAGAGCUUGUCCAGCGCACUGUUGAAAUUGCGGUACUCAGAGAUCCUCGCAUGGCUGCCUCUCUCCUUCGCUUGCAUUUUCAUGAUUGUUUUGUCAUGGGAUGCGAUGCAUCGGUUCUUCUGGACAGCUCUGGAAGCAUCAUAAGUGAAAAACAAGCUGGUCCUAACAUAAAUUCGCUGCGAGGAUUUGAGGUCGUCGAUCACAUCAAAUACAUUUUGGAAGAGGCUUGUCCUUCCACAGUUUCUUGUGCUGAUAUCUUAGCACUUGCAGCUCGCGAUGCUGUUGUCUCGAGAGGUGGACCCAGGUGGAAUGUUUAUUUAGGCAGGAGAGACUCCAUUAAAGCAAGCUUUGAUGGUGCCAACAAAUUCGUACCUGCCCCAAAUUCCUCUCUGGAGACUCUUAUUGCCAAUUUCCAAGAACGGGGUCUCGACACUGGAGACUUGGUUACUUUAUCAGGUAGCCACACAAUGGGAAAGGCAAAAUGUUUAAGCUUCAGGCAAAGGAUCUAUGAGACCAUCUCCGAAGAACAAUCAUACCAUUACAAGAGGGGCACAACCUUCCAAAGAUCGUUACGAUCUAUAUGUCCUAAAUCAGGGAGAGACAGUGCAUUGGCACCGCUUGAUUCGAUGACUCCAGCUAGGUUUGACAACCAUUACUUUCUCAACAUCAUUCAAGGACAAGGUCUUUUAAUAUCCGAUAAUGUGUUGGUCAGUCAAGAUCUUGAAGGGGAGAUAAGAGAGCAUGUUUGGGCUUAUGCCAACAAUCAAGAACUGUUCUUCGCUUCAUUUGGGAAUUCAAUGAUCAAGAUGGGAAACAUCAACAUACUCACCGGAGAGCAGGGAGAGAUCAGGAAAAAUUGCAGGUUUGUAAAUUCAUAAUGAAGAUGGGUAUUCCUGUUAUUACAAUGAUAAAACGCAACGCAAAAGGUCCAAGUAGCUAGAGAAUAGAUCCUAGGGCAUUAGCUUUACAGGUCCAAGUAGCUAGGUUGUUCUAGAGCUUCCCUAGUUAGGUUAAGUCAAUACUUAAAUUUAUAGGGCUCAUACAAGGUUGUAUUUUGAGAAUUACAUGCUACUACAUUGUUUGAACUGCCAAUAAGUCAAUUAUCACCACAGUGGUCACUAGUUUCAAAAUAACAAAAACAGUAGUCACAUAAGGAUCUGGAAUAUUAAAUAAACAGCUAUCAGAUCAGGAUUACCUGAAAGGAUAGUGUAUUCUGAUAAAUGCUCUUGCUACCUCAGUGUUGGCAGGGUCAUUUGGCCCGAACCAUAUGAAAAGAACAACACUUCCCUCCUACAUAAAGAUUUUAAAAGAAUACAUGAAAGAAACUUAAAAAAGGUUCUAUUUCAACAAUUAAGCUUGAAAGACACAAGCAAAAACUACUACUGCUUUAUGAGACUCAACUCUUACUGUUAAAACUAAACCAAAAAAACAAAUGCUAACCACCGCUUGUUGUUGAAGUGCAUAAUUAGAAUUGAUCCCUAAAUAUUUUUUGAAAUGGAAUAGCACCUGAUACCACUAGACUAUUGGAGCAGUUGAUUAAUAAUAAUAAGCUUGUUGAUUUUUACAUAAUUUCUAUUGUUCACACCAUGCUUUUAUACAAAAAAUGAUUUGGGAGAUUGAACUGAAACCAGACAAAUAACAUUUUUUUAAACGGGUCAAGCAUGGGCCAAAGGUAAGACCCUCAUUGCACCCAUUUCAAUGACCACAUAAUAUGAAGAACAAUUUUGUUCACACACUUUUAUGUUAAGGACAUAUGAUAAAAGUGGAUGAACAAAAUCGCUCUACAGGUUAUGUUGUCACCAUUGCACAAAAUACAUUUUAAUAGCACUAUCCUUUUGUCCAAAUAACCACUAAUUGAUGCUGUACUAUUGUCUAAAUAAUAGCAGCACCUAACAAAAUUGCUAGAAACCCCAAACUUGUACCAAAAUUUAUACCAAACACUCACAAGAGUGUGGAUCCUACACGUGAGUGUUGAGUCAAAAUUUUGAUAGUACUUUUGGUAUCGCUCACAAUGCUCAUUGCCUAAACAAUGUACAAUUUCUUUGAACUACAAUUCACCUGCUUCCAAAAAAACCCCCCAAAAAAAAGUUGGAACUUGUCACUACAAUACAAGCAGAAGGAAGCAAAACUUAGAACCCACCAAGCAGCCAAGUACAAUAAUAAUAAUAAUAAUAAUAAUAAUAAUAAGAGCAAAAAUACCACUUCUUGAAAUCUUUAUGUUCACUAUGAAAUUUCAAUUAUCACACAGAAAAUUAAGAAAUCAAUAUGCACACUAUGCUAUUGAAAAAAUCACAACUAUGACAUUGAGAAGCCAAAGCCAACCACAACAAAUCCUUUCUAAAUAAUAACGGCAAAAAGAAUUGCUGUUCAAAAUCAAAAUAUUUCCUGCAGAAAUCAAAUGAAAGAUACAAGUAUCUCACUAUUAAAAAACGUCAAUGAAAAUAAUUCAGACACAAAUUACUCAUUAAUUAAUUAGAUUCAUCCUUUGCCAGUGACCAAAAGAUGACCAACCAUUAGAAAUGUACACUUGCAUAUCAAGAAAAUUACCAGAAAUGAAUUAUAGGGGAUUAGUUUAUUACUUAUCAAUGGGACUAGUAAUAGUUGCAUAUAAUAAGACACAACUAUCAUAAUAAGACAAACAGGCCAAAAACUUACAAAAAGAUUUUCCCUAAAUGCCAACAAAGGGAAGAUUAAAAAACAUACAAAACCGACAUUUUUUAUGUCCUAUGUAAAGCUUGAUUAGCCAUUCAUAAAAGGAGAAGAUUAAUUACAUUAGAAAGGAGAUGCUAUGACAUCAUCCAAUAAUUUAAAAUAAUAAAUACUUCUAAUUUCAUGUUACAUUGUACUCUAUAGUAUAUGCAAUUACAUUCAAUAUCUUAGUUUGCUAGUCAGGUAUUACUAAUCCUAUGUGACAUUACCUCAACAAAUCAUAACCGACAUAUUG